CCUCCGUCUAAUAACUUGCUCAAGACCCUGCACUCCACUAUCACCUGGAUGAAGUUCUUAUCCCCAUGUGACACUGGGCUUGUCACUUCCCCUCCUGGAGCCUCAGCUUCCUCAUCUAUAUUAAAAGAGGGCAGAUAACAAAGGCUCCCUGCAAAGAUUAUGAGCUUGCGUGCAUGCGUGCGUGCGUGCGUGCAUGCGUGCGUGAAGCUCCUGAAGCUCCUUCUGAGCACAGAACUGGACUCUGGUCCAGAGUCCAACCUCAUAAACCACCGUGCCUGCUAUUUGAUGUCAGCUCUGCCCUCACUCACACCCAUGCAUCAGUCUUCAAGCUAGCUCAGCCCAGAAAAGAUAGAACACCUCUACCCCCGUGCCCUGGACCUGGCACUCUCUGGAUUCAGCACUCAGAAAAGAUCAGGACUCUGUACCUUCCCUUUGUUGUGGGUGCUUGGCCGGGUGCUCCCUGGAUGGGCAGGGAAAGAGCACUCAGAUAACAAUGUCAGAGCCCUGCCACUCCCUGGGAGGUGCUCUGUUGGGAUAAACGACCAUCACAGUAGUGGUGAUUAAUAAUUGAUGGUGAUACCUGGGUCUCUAGAGCUCCAUGCCUGGGCCAUGGUGGGGGCCCUGGGCAUCAGUGCUGAAGGAAGGAUGUGGGGGCUUCUGGGCACCCUCUGUCCAUGGUCAACCAAGGACCGACCAGCUAAGAGCAGGACGUGGAGAUUCCAGUGUCUGGGCUGAACCUGGGGGCCCUUAGAACUGCCCUUUCCUACCGAGACCUUGGGAAAGAUCAGCAUUUCUGAUCAGCCCAAAUCUCUCGAGGCUGGUCCAAGCUGUCCUGGGCCACAAUCUCUCACACAGGAUGGGGGCAGGACAGGCAGGAUUCCAUACUAUACCUCUUUGAUGAAGGACUUGGAGCUCAGAGAGGUGAAAUGUCAUCAGACUCAUCCUCCCAGCCCUAGCCAGGUACGCUGCCUCCAGGAAGCCUUCCAGGCUGAGUUGCUCAUGCUCUGGGCUCUCACAGAUUUUAGACAAACUUUGGUCUCAGGUUGUGUCUUGGCAUCUUUAAGCCCUAGAGUUUGGCAAAUCCUCAUUUAGACUCUGGUUCUGUCUGCCCUGUGCCAACUGUGUGACCUUGGACAGGUGAACUCACCGCUCUGAGCCUGACAGUGGAGCUUGACUCACAGGGCAGCUGUGAGACUUAAAUGAGAUGUGAUUGGAGAAGCAAUUAGCCUCCCCACCCCACCUGCCUCCCUGUUCCUCCUGUGGCCUUCUAGUCUGUCCCAGGAUCUCUGCAGGGCUCUGCGGCUGCCUGUGUCCUUGGUGCAAGGACACCCAGAAUCUUGCUGAACCCUUGGAUGAAGAAGCUGCUCAGCUGCUGAGGUCCAGAGAGGGUCAGGGACCACCCAGGGCACUGGGCCAGGGCAGCACCUGCAGGGUACAGGGACAUGCCACCUGCUAUCCCUAGGGAGGGAAACUCAUGAAUAUUCACACUCGCUGGAGCAUGAGGGAGCCAGCCAGCACACUCCUGGGUGUCAUUGGAGCGUUCCUGUUUCCCAGUGACCACAGAGGCAGCCUGGAAGUCAGAAGUGGCUCAGGCAAGGAAAGGAGAGGGGCAACCAGACAAGGCCCGAGAUCUACCUGGGUAACUGUGCCUGCCAGCAGCUGGAUAAGAGGUGUCUGAGAUGCUGCUACCGCAGAAGCGCUGGGAGUCCAUGGCCAAGGGACUGGUGCUGGGAGCACUCUUCACCAGCUUCCUGCUGCUGCUAUACUCCUAUGCCGUUCCCCCACUGCACGGUGGCCUGGCCUCCACCAGGACCCCUGAGGACGCAGCACCCUGCUCCCCGGCCCCAAGUGAGCCAGAGGCCGCCAUCCCUGCCAAUGGCUCAGCCGGAAGCUGCCAGCCGCGGCGCGACAUUGUGUUCAUGAAGACGCACAAGACCGCCAGCAGCACUCUGCUCAACAUCCUGUUCCGCUUCGGACAGAAGCACGGGCUCAAGUUUGCCUUCCCCAAUGGCCGAAAUGACUUUGACUACCCGGCCUUCUUCGCGCGCAGCCUGGUGCAGGACUACCGGCCCGGGGCCUGCUUCAACAUCAUCUGCAACCACAUGCGCUUCCACUACGACGAGGUUCGCGGCCUGGUACCGCCCAACGCCACCUUCAUCACUGUGCUGCGCGACCCCGCCCGCCUCUUCGAGUCCUCCUUCCACUACUUCGGCUCCGUGGUGCCCUUCACCUGGAAGCUCUCGAGCCAAGACAAACUGGCCGAGUUUCUACAGGACCCCGACCGCUACUACGACCCCAAUGGCUACAACGCUCACUACCUCCGCAACCUGCUCUUCUUCGACCUGGGCUACGACAGCAGCCUGGACCCCGGCAGCCCGCAGGUGCAAGAGCACAUCUUGGAGGUGGAGCGCCGCUUCCACCUGGUGCUGCUGCAGGAGUAUUUUGACGAGUCGCUGGUGCUGCUCAAGGACCUGCUGUGCUGGGAGCUGGAGGACGUGCUCUACUUCAAGCUAAACGCCCGCCGCGCUUCAGCCGUGCCGCGCCUCUCGGGCGAGCUGUACCGGCGCGCCACCGACUGGAACGUGCUGGACGCCCGCCUCUACCGCCACUUCAACGCCAGCUUCUGGCGCAAGGUGGAGGCGUUCGGCCGGGAGCGCAUGGCCCGCGAGGUGGCCGCCCUGCGACGCGCCAACGAGCGCAUGCGCCGCAUCUGCAUCGACGGCGGCCACGCGGUGGACGCGGCCGCCAUUCAGGACUCGGCCAUGCAGCCCUGGCAGCCGCUGGGCGCGAAGUCCAUCCUGGGCUACAACCUCAAGAAGAGCAUCGGGCGGCGGCACGCGCAGCUCUGUCGGCGCAUGCUCACGCCCGAGAUCCAGUACCUGAUGGACCUGGGCGUCAACCUGUGGGUCACCAAGCUCUGGAAGUUAAUCCGGGACUUUCUGCAGUGGUGACGCCCACCCACUGAGGAGGGGUGGGCAGGGGCCCGCUGGCCACCUCUGCGGCCCUCCUGGUGCCACCCCAGUCCCUGGGGUGAGGUGGGGCUGCUGCAGGGGUGCAACCAGCCAGGACUGGGCCUGCUGCACACAGGGCCCAAUCGAGAUCAGUAUUUGACUAAUUAUAGUUUUUUAAAUUAAAUCCCCUUCCCUCCAAAAAAGAUUGUUCUAUUUGCAGUCUCCCCUUAAAGGGGAGACAUCAGAAGUAAAAUAAUUUGAUGUGUUUUUGUUAA